AUGUAUGUGAAAUGGUUUCAUACAGUAAUGUUAAACUAUCAAAUUUUAGUGUAUUGAGUGAAUGUCACAUUUUGACAUUUUUGAAUUUCCAGCCGGUUCCUUCCCCUGUGCGUCUCGGAACGGAACCCAGAAGACGGAUGCCGGCAUCGGCAGGAGGACAUGGCCGGGGACGCUGCAGGGGGGACAUCGCGGGAGCGCAAGGACAAGGUAAGUUAAACAGGGAUUGCUGGAGAAGUGCUGCAGUGUAUUCCCGAGUGUAGCUCGGGGUUACCACUUCUAGUACUAAAAGUUAACCCCAAGCUAUACUCAGGAAUACCACCAGGGAGGUUAAUCA